AACUAUUUUGUUUUGCACAAAGAAAUAUAAACAAUAUGGUGUAACAUGCAUCACCAAAGUCUCCAUCAUCAUCCUCCUUGACUCAUCACACACAUUCUCAACCCUAUAUUAUGGCCACUAUACACGGCACUCCCAUCUUCAACUCCUAUUCAAAUUUCUAAAUUAUUCCCAUCUUUUUAAAUAAUUUUCUCUAAUAAACACCCAAAACGACACUAACUAACCCUUAAAACGACACCCUCCCUCAAAUCUUCAAUCCCCAAAUUCCAAAUUCCUCCGAAGUUUCCUACUACUAUCACCAUCAUCAUCUUCCUCUUCUUCAAUCAUCUCUCUUUAGAAAUUCCCAUUUCAUCUCUCCAGAAAAACCCACCAAAACCAAGAAAGAUAGUGGCGGGAAGAGAGAUAUUGAGAGAGUGAUGGAGCAAUCAGUAUUGGAUGACGUCAUCCGACGUCUACUCGAAGUAAGAGGUCGACCAGGGAAGCAAGUUCAGCUUUCUGAGUCUGAGAUCCGUCAAUUGUGUUUAGUUUCUAAAGAUGUCUUCAUGAAACAGCCAAAUCUUCUUGAACUUCAAGCACCCAUCAAAAUCUGCGGUGACAUACAUGGCCAAUAUUCUGAUCUCCUAAGACUUUUUGAGUAUGGUGGAUUUCCUCCUCAAGCAAAUUACUUAUUUUUGGGUGAUUAUGUUGACAGAGGCAAACAAAGCCUGGAGACAAUUUGCCUUCUUCUUGCAUAUAAGAUUAAAUACCCUGAAAAUUUCUUCCUCUUGAGGGGAAACCACGAAUGUGCUUCCAUAAACCGUAUCUAUGGAUUUUAUGACGAAUGCAAGAGAAGAUUUAAUGUUAGAUUGUGGAAAGUCUUCACUGAAAGUUUUAACUGUAUACCAGUUGCAGCCCUCAUCGAUGAGAAAAUUCUAUGCAUGCAUGGAGGUCUCUCACCUGAUCUACACAAUUUGGAUCAGGUACGGAAUAUGCAGAGGCCUACUGAUGUGCCUGAUACGGGUUUACUGUGUGACCUUCUCUGGUCAGAUCCUAGCAAAGACGUCCAAGGCUGGGGUAUGAAUGAUAGGGGAGUUUCAUAUACAUUUGGUGCUGACAAGGUUACCGAGUUCCUUCAGAAGCAUGAUUUAGACCUUGUCUGCCGUGCACAUCAGGUAGUGGAGGAUGGGUACGAAUUUUUUGCAGAUCGGCAGCUUGUAACAAUAUUUUCUGCACCUAAUUAUUGCGGCGAGUUUGAUAAUGCUGGUGCUAUGAUGAGUGUAGAUGAGUCUCUGAUGUGCUCGUUUCAAAUUCUGAAGCCUGCAGAAAAAAAGUCUAAGCUCAACUUUGGUAGCAGUACUACUACAGCUAAGCCUGGUAAUGGAGUCAACUUUUUUGGGAGCACUACAACCAUGAAAUCUGGAACUUCUCUCCCUGGGGUCAAGACAUAUGGUGUAUGAUAGAUGAUGGAUUUUUCCGAAAUGGAGUAACAAUUUACACUACACAAGUUUCCCUGUGCUGUGACUCAUAAUACACAAACCAUGGAGACUGGAGAGUACAAAUUUGGGUCACUAUGGUGUCUGAUAAUUGUACAAAGAUGAAAAUCUUAAAUUUGAUGUAAGGGAUUAUUUUGGUUGGUAGAAAGUAGAGGGAUGAAGUUUAUGGGAAGAAGGGGGCUUCUGGCAUGUUAUUCCCGUAUGUUGUGUAGACUAGCUGCUGUUCUGGUUGCUGCUAAAACUUGUAUGUAUACCUAAAAUCUCAAUCUCUCUCUCAUACACACCCAAUUCUCUUCUGAGACUGUAAAACAUGUCUUAACUCGUCUUCAGCAUUGGCAACCCUGAUACCAGGUAACCGCAGUUUUUUAGUUUCCUAAAUAUUUAGUAUUCGGCUGCUAAUAAAAUUCUAUACACAUGUUAAGAUCCUA